AUGUCUCUCCCCACAAUUCUUACUCCGACAUAUACAGGUCCAGCACCCCGCAUGAAGUUCAAAAGCCCCAUCUCGCUACCCGCACCACUUCCCGCCGCCCAAACCGCGCCCUUCGAAGAUGACAAUCGGUGGAAGCUGUUUCUAACGACAAGCACGAAAGUCAGCGUCUGGGAUUCGCGGGGAUGCAAUGCCGUAUUUACCAGUGGCUCGGAGGGGAUUGUCGCUGCGAAGAGGGCAAAGGAUGGGUCGGUUUUGGCGAUUGCAGACUCCCAGGUGGUCAUGCUGCAUCGGAUCGAGGAGGGCCAGGAUAAGUCCUACCGUUUGAAAGGAACUCAGCGGUGUCGACAUCUACAGUACGAUCACGACUCGCGCAGCCUGUUUUUCACCGACUCCCUCCACAACAGCGUUCAAAGCUAUUCAUUGAAAGAGAAUCGAGUGGCCGAUGCUGCAAAACCCCAUCCAUCGUCGAUUACUACUUUUGCAAUAUCCUCCGAUUCGAAUCUUGUAGUUUCCUGCUCUGCCGACCCACCUAUUACCCAGAUCCACAAUCGCCUCAUGGCAACCACCGUCUCGAUUACACCACGAUGCUCAACUGCACCGGUGGUGCACUGUAGCUUUCAUCCGAGCCGACGGACAAUCUUUGUACUUGCGUUUCGCGAUGGUGUUCUCGCAGCUUAUGAUUACAGCAAGAUAUCUGGGGGGAGCAAGGCGAAAAAAGACGGGAAGAUUGGUAUCGGUCAAGGUGGCACAAAGGAAAUACAUGCAUUUCAACAUCUACAUGACCCGAGUAUUGCCGGAUCGGCGGGCAUCACAGGAGUCGAGUUCGUUCCGGGAUACAGGAGUAGAGCUGUCACUGUAGGCGAGGAUGGGAGAUUAUUCUUGGUGGAUUUCGAGAUGCGGGAUACGCUGGGAAGCUGGCACAUUGGGGCUCCUGCAACAUGCUUGACAAUAAGACCUGUCACUGUUAAGGGAAAGUCAACCGAUGAAGACGACAUGGGUGGAUGUGUGAUUGCUAUAGGGACUAUCCACGGAAAGUGUUACGUCUACGACGGGAACGGAAAUAAGAUUGGUGAGCAGUCAGUGGAUUCGGAGGGUGGGAAGGUCCUUGAUGUGGAAUGGGUAUCUGGCGAUAUUCAUUUUCUCCCAAGCGAAGACGGUGGUUCUAGUAGCCCCACCUCUCCACGUUCCCACAUAAAGCCCUUGCCUUCGGCAGGAUCACAGCAACAAGCUGAAAAUCACCGAAGCUCAGCGACAGCCGAAAACUCUAGACCUACCAAAGAAAAAGAUGAACCCCUGAAGCCAAAACUGGAUCUAAAAGAAGAUUCCGAUCAGUGGCCGGAGGCCCAAGAGACCGCCAAUCAGGGGUACAUGGCACUGUUCAGCCCUGUAAAGAAGAAACAAAAGAAGCCAGAAAAGGCUGUUUCCCUUGCCGGAACAAAAACCGCCGAUGUCGAGAAGAUAUCGGAUCCCAAACUAAGAACGAUUGAAAAAGAGGACCAGAGGAGUGUUAUCAGCGCACCGUUACUGUGGAAUGAAUCGGCAAAGAACCAAAAUCGGCCGGGAAACGCCAAAGAAGAUCAUAGCCCCAUAAAAAAAUCGGUAACCAAGUCUAAUGACGAUAAAGUUGCAACUUUGUUAGAACAAACACCAGCUCUAGGCAAAACAGCCCCCUCUUUACAGCCAUUGGUACGAAGUAGUGGUACUGGUAAAGAUAAUCCAUCACUAUUGACAUCACAUCGUAUCACACCCGUUGCCUCCGACGUUAUCAAAACAAACGAUAAGACAAGUGAUGGGAAACUACUAAGUCAGAUACGCUCAAUAAGAGCAAAGGUAGAAGGUGAUAAAAUCGCCAGGGGAAAUUUGGCAUUAUUUGCGCCCUACAUGUCCAGCAAAAUCAAGACUUCCGCCAUUAUAAGAUCGGGGGGAGCGGCAGAAAACCGCAAAGCGCCCAUCUCAUCUCAGGAUAAACCCGUAGAUCCCCGGCUUCGAGCCCUGGACGGAAACAGGGUUGAUGAUCGAAUGGACGGGAGCGUCGACCAAACAAACAGAACACCCAAGGCCGCACUUCAAGAGGAAGAUAUAACACUCCCAGGCCCCGUGGAAUCUCCGAAAAAAGACGAGGAUCUACCCUCUUUAAACCAAGAGGACGACGCAGCGUCCGAAGCCUCAUUCGACGGCGAUAUCUGGCUUGUCGAGGACAAGCCGUCAACAAGCCUAAAAAGGAAGAACUCCAAUGCGGAUGAUUUCCAGCCCUCAUCCAGCUUCGACAGCAACGGCGAGAGAUCUUCAUCUAGGGCCGGAUCUUCUAAGAGCAGAAAGACAGUCUCAUGGGAUGACGGGCUUGCCAGCCGCGACAUCAUAACUCCUGCAAACUUGCUACGCGAAUUGGAGAAUACAUCCCGCCCCCGAUUUGCUUCCAGCGGCGACGCACCGUGGCCACCAGUGACCAAGUACGAGGGAAAACAUUUAACCUCGAAUGCUACAACACCCGAAACUUCUUUCGCUUCAAGAAAGGUAUUAAGCAGCCAAAAGGAGGGCCCCACUUCUGGCCUUCCCAGCAGCUUGGACGAAAACUCGUUCCACACGCCCCAUGGCCUGGUUGCAAGCUUGAUGGAGCCCGCGCCCCGAAACGCUUUCGCGGAGAUGCAGACAAUGUUCAAAGCCGAGAUAAGGAGCCUACAAGCCGAGAUAGCGAGAGGCUUCCAGGCGCAAAUGCGGGUGCUAGAGGACCUGAGGAGCGAGGUCCGGACGGUCAGGGAGGAGAACGUGAAGCUAAGAGACCAAAUAUCGGAGCUGAAUGCCAAGGACAGGGAGAAGCGACCUUGA